AUGGAGAAUUACAAAUUGCCGGGAGCAUAUCAUUCACAGCUAUAUAUUGAUAUCAAGAGACUUAUAAAGAAGGAUUCCAAUGCGUCGUUUCUAGCUGGCGGGGUAGCGGGCGCAGUUUCAAGAACUGUAGUGUCUCCCUUUGAAAGGGCCAAGAUCUUGUUACAAUUACAAGGUCCCGGGUCAAAACAUGCAUACAAUGGGAUGUUCUCAACAAUCGCCAAAAUGUAUCGAGAAGAAGGAUGGCGUGGGUUAUUGCGAGGCAACAUGCUCAACUGUAUUCGGAUAUUCCCAUACAGUGCUGUUCAAUUUGCGGUAUUUGAAGAAUGCAAACACUUGAUUUUUACCUACUGGAGGAAGCCUAGUUUGGCGGCUGCCGGGGCCGGGACUGGGACUGUGACUGGGACUGGUGUUGCUCAACUAACAGCGGGUGAAAGGUUAUUUGCAGGCUCUAUGGCAGGCGCAAUCUCGGUUGCAGCGACAUACCCUUUAGACUUGGUACGAGCAAGGAUUACGGUUCAAACAGCAUCCUUGGACAAGCUCAUAAAGGGAAAACUAGUUGAGCCGCCAUCAGUGUGGAAAACUUUAGAGGAAGUUUAUAAGCAUGAAGGUGGCAUUCUUGCUUUAUAUCGAGGUAUAGUACCUACGACUAUGGGAGUAGCGCCAUAUGUUGCCAUAAACUUUGCAUUAUAUGAGAGACUACGAGAAUACAUGGACGAGUCACCACAAGAUUUCUCAAACCCUAUCUGGAAGUUAUCUGCCGGAGCGUUCAGUUCAUUUGUUGGCGGUGUCCUAAUAUAUCCCUUGGACGUUUUAAGAAAAAGAUUUCAAGUCGCAAACAUGGCUGGUGGAGAACUAGGAUUUCAAUAUAAGUCAGUAACACAUGCAUUAUACUCCAUGUUCAAGCACGAGGGGUUUUUUGGCGCUUAUAAGGGAUUAACUGCCAAUCUAUAUAAAAUCGUUCCAUCGAUGGCCGUUAGUUGGUUGUGCUAUGAUACCCUCAAAGACUGGCUCAAAAAUUGGUAA